GGAGGGAGUGGGAUGCUGGGCGAGCUGGUGGCUGGGGCAACGGGGGGGCUCGUCCUCAUCGAGGACACCGUCGAGUGCGAGGGCCGCAGCCUGCUCAAGACCUUUGUGGCAGCUUCAGCGCACAGGGGGGAAUCCAUCCACGUUUUCGGCUUCGAAAUCCCCGAGGAAGAGUUCCGGGCCGGCUUUGACCCCGAUGUGACUGUGCGAUUGCUAUACCAGGAUGGCUUCACGGACCCCCUGCGCUGGACCGGGGAGGCCGGGGGCUUCGGGGGGGAGGAGUUCACAGCGCUGGGGGUCGCGGGGCAACUGGCCAGGGGACCCGCGGGACCGGCCACCGUCGUCCUGGACUCGCUCAGCUGGCUUCUGCUGCGCCAGCCUCUGCCCGUCAUCUGCCAGGCGCUGGCACAGAUCCCGAGGGCGGCUGCCAGCGCAGGCCUGCGUGUGACGAGGAUCCUGGCCUUGCUGCACGGCGACCUGCACCCGCCGGGCCUAGUGGAGACCCUCCGCUCCCUGGCCCGAGCCGUGGUGGGGGUGGGGCCGGCCCCUGAGGGCGUGGGGAGUGGGGGAGACGCCCCCCGGCUGGCCUCCAUGCUCCAGCGUAAGGGGACCGGGAAGGUCCUCGAGAAGGAGGAAUAUUUCACCAUCCUGUCCGGCUUCACCCCAAAAGCCCUCGGGGAGCCCACGGGGAGCGUGCCCCGAGAUGAAGACGCCGACCCUCACUCCGCGGCGGAUCCCGCCGCCAACCUGACCUUCAACCUGCGGCUGUCGGACACGGAACGCCGGGCCCGGGACGGGGUGCCGCUGCCCUUCCAUUUCAGCGCCCAAAAGAAGUCAUCACUGCUGGAGGCCUCGGACAGCGCCGGGAAGAUCUACUACGAACCAGAUGCCGCGGACGACCUGGACGAAGAGGAUCCGGACGACGACCUGGACGUGUGA